AUGACUGUCCCACAAUUUGGUGGGUGGGAUCACAAACAAACCGAUUAUUCCAUGGUCUUUCAACGGGCUCGAGCUAAUAGGAAGCAGCAAAAGGCUGAUAUCAGACGCAGCUUUGGAAAUGAGCAGGAGAUCCUUGCGGCUCAACAACAAGAAGACCCUGUAAUUAGGAAAAAGAAGAUCUUGACUUACAUCAACUGCUGCAUUAGACCUUGA